CUGCACCAUUUUCCUUCCUUCACUGUUCAUCUUUCGGUUCAGUGCCACGUUUCACACGACUGUAAGCUGCACGCGGACAGCUGGUGGUUGACCUUCAAGAAAGAGAGCAUUAUAAAAGAUGGGUGUCACAGGGAUGUUAAUUACCUUGUUUCUACUGAUUCUCAGUGCUCUUGAUGUUUUGUUCUUCUUCUUACCCACUUCAAAUUUUGAACCUAAGGCAGUGAGUGUUUUUGAAAAGACAAGACCCAAAUUUGAAGGAGCUUUGGAGGUUAACAGCAUCUUAGCAAAGACUCAGAAGUUGUAUGAAGGAGACCUGGUUGGUCCAGAAUCUAUAGCUGCCGAUAGUACAGGUACUUUGUAUGCAGGCUUAGCUGAUGGGAGAAUUGUCAAACUUGAGGGAGAUAAAGUGAUAGAUGUUGUUCGAACUGGGAAGGAGGUAGCAAACUGUGGGACACCAGAAGCUGAGCCCACCUGUGGACGUCCCUUGGGAAUGCGCUUUGACAAAUACGGAAUCAACCUGAUAGUGGCUGAUGCUUAUCUAGGCUUGCUAGAAGUGAACCCUACGGCAAGGACAGUUAGCACCCUUGUACCUCCCUCACCUGGGAUUGAUGGCAGGGCCUUUAGAUUUGUGAAUGAUCUGGACAUUGCACGAGACGGAACUAUCUACUUCACAGAUUCAAGCAGUAAGUGGCAGAGACGUCAGUUGCACUACUCCAUUCUAGAAGGAGAUAACACUGGAAGACUUAUGGCAUACCAUCCCAAGACAGGAGAAAUGGAAGUUUUAAUGGAUGGACUUCAUUUUGCCAAUGGUGUUCAGAUUGCUCCCGAGGGUGACCAUGUUUUGGUAUCAGAAACAGGAACAUUAAGGAUAAUGAAGUACUACAUCAAAGGAGAAAAUGAGGGCAAAUCAGAAGUGUUUGCCCAGAACCUUCCUGGGUUUCCAGACAAUAUUCGGUUGAGUAGUAAAGGAGGAUACUGGGUUGGUAUAGCAACUGUGCGCACUGACUUCUUCGACUUGUUUCAACUGUAUGCAAGGGCAAAGAGCUUUACAGCAAAGGUUUUCUCCUUACCGUGGUUAAUCGGUAAAACUUCCCGCAACUAUGGCCUUCUCUUGGAGCUGGAUGAAAAUGGUCAUAUCACCAGAAGCUUCCAUGAUCCAACUGGCAGUGUCAUACCCGGUUUCCUCAGUGAGGUUCAUGACGAUGGUGAUGUGCUAUUCUUUGGAAGUUUUAGGUCUCCAUUUGUCGGUCGGCUGGAGUUAAAGGACAUGAGAUCAUUUGGUGGGUUUUUACAGGGUGCAGUCACCAGAAUGUUACUUACCUUGGUCCUGCUGAUUUUCAGUGCUCUUGAUGUGUUAUUCUUUUUCUUGCCAACUUCAAAUUUUGACUCCAGGGUAGUGAGUGUUUAUCAAAAGGAGAGCCCCAAAUUUGAAGGAGCACUGGAGGUUAACAGCAUCUUAACAAAGACACAGAAGUUGUAUGAAGGGGAUCUGGUUGGUCCAGGAUCUAUAGCUGCUGAUAGUGAAGGUACUUUGUAUACUGGUUUAGCUGAUGGGAGAAUUGUCAAACUUGAGGGAGAUAAAGUGGUAGAUGUUGUUCGAACUGGGGAGCAGAAGGCAAACUGUGGGACGGCAGAAGCAGAGGCCAUAUGUGGCCGUCCUGAGGGAAUGCGCUUUGACAAAUAUGGAAGCAACCUGAUAGUGGCUGAUGCAUAUCGAGGAUUGCUAGAAGUGAACCCAAAGGCCAAGACAAUUAAUGGCAGGCCUUUCAGAUUUGUGAAUGAUCUUGAUAUUGCAGAAGACAGAACCAUCUACUUUACAGAUACAAGCAGCAAGUGGCAAAGAUAUCAGCAUGACUACUCUGUAUUGGAGGGAGAUAACACUGGAAGGCUUUUGGCAUACCAUCCCAAGACAGGGGAAAUGGAAGUUCUGAUAGAUGGUCUUCACUUUGCCAGUGGUGUCCAGAUUUCUCCCGAGGGUGACUAUGUGCUAGUAGUGGAGCUUGGUGCAUCAAGAAUAAUGAAGUAUUACCUCAAAGGGGAACUUAAAGGCAAAUCAGAAGUGUUUAUCCAGAACCUUCCUGGAUUUCCUGACCACAUUCGCUUAAACAGCAGAGGAGGAUACUGGUUGGGUAUAGCAACUAUGCGCACUGACUUCUUUGACUUGAUGCAACAGUAUCCCAGGGCAAAGAACUUUAUAGCAAAGGUUGUUUCCCUUCCAUGGUUAGUCACCAAUACAGCUGUCAAGUAUGGCCUCCUCUUGGAGCUGGAUGAAAGUGGUAAUAUCACCAGAAGCUUCCAUGAUCCAACUGGCAGAGUUAUACCUGGUUACCUCAGUGAGGUUCAUGAUGAUGGUGAUGUGCUCUUCUUUGGAAGUUUCUUUUCUCCAUUUGUUGGCCGGCUGGAGUUGAAGGACUGAGUACCAAAGGAUAGAUGCCAGCCCUUUGGAUGUUCAGAGUGGGAAUCCCCAUGGGGCAUCAGGGAAUAUGCAUACAAAGAAGGGGGUGCCUUUUAUUUUUGUUUUUUUUUUCUUUAUUUCAAUUUUUUCCUUUUUAUUUUAGAUAAAUACUUUCAAUGUGCAUGUAUAUGGUAAAAUGCAGAAUGAAUUUGUUUUAAUCAAUGACAUUUAUUUUGGGCCACUUUUCUGUAAUGCUUUCAACUAUGCAUGUUCAAGACUCUUCCUAAAAAAAUGUAACACAACCUUGAGACCUCAUAGGAAAAAACUACAUUUCCAUAGUAUAAAAAGUUAAGUUCCUCUCAGGUUUGAUUAUUCGAUGUAUUUCAAAUUUUUCUUAUCAACUACUAGUAAAUAUACAAGUAUUGAGAUUAAAGCAUUAAAAUACAGUGUACCUUAGUGAUUAGAUGGUUGAAUCGACACAAGGAGUUUUCACCCUCUAGUCUUGGAUGAUUUACUUCAAAAGAGACUGUAAUAGGAACAACGCACUUACAAUAAUUAGCAAAGAAACCGGUUUUGCAUUUGCAAUGGAGUACCUUGUGUGAUUUUGAUUAGAAGUAACUUAAAAACAAAUUUCUCAAAUACCGUUAAUGUCAUUUUGUAACAUGUAAAACCUACUGACUGUAAUUGAGAGGUUAUUACAGCA